AUGGGAGCUUCAAACAUUUCGAUUGGCAUGAGAGAUUUUCAAGAUUGCAUUUCGGAUUUAGAGGUGUUUGACAUAAAUAGCUCGGGUUUGCAUUACACGUGGAACCAAAAACCAAAAAAUGGUGCCGGUUUGCUAAAGAAAAUUGACAGAGUCAUGGGUAAUAUUCCUUUUGUGGAUAUGUUCCCCAAUUCGGUGGCUUUUUUCCAUCCGUAUCGUAUAUCGGAUCACUGUCCUUGUUUGCUAAAGAUCCCUAUGCCGGAUAAAAAUAAACAUAGACCGUUCAAAUUCGCAAAUUUCUUGGUUUAUAAGCCGGGCUUUAUUGAAGCAGUUAAAAAGGUUUGGGAUACUCAUAUCGAAGGGGUUCAGCAACUUCGAGUGGUGAAAAAGCUUCGAUUGCUAAAGAAGCCGCUUCGUGCACUUCUGUAUCAGCAAGGUAAUCUGCACAAGAAAGUGGAGGAGCUCCGGUCAAAGUUGGAUGCGGUUCAGUGGGAUAUUGAUAGUAACCCGUUAAAUGUCAUUCUUCGUGAGCAAGAGAUGAAGAUAUCGGCUGAUUUUCAAGAGGCUUGUCUAGAUGAGGAGCGGUUCUUAAAACAAAAAUCAAAAGUGGAUUGGCUUCGCGCGGGGGAUGCUAAUACGGCAUUCUUUCAUGCUUCCUUGAAGAGCAGAAAUCAUACUACCAGAAUUGAUGUUAUUACUAAUACGGAAGGGAUUCUGUUUGAGGGCGAGAAUGUGUCUAAGGCAAUUGUUGCUCAUUAUGAAAAAUUCCUUGGAAGUGAAGAUGAUAUAGCUAUUCGACCUUCGCAUGAUUUGUUUCAAACAAGUUGA